UAAGGUAAUUAUGAAGUUUAUCUUCAUAGUCACCAUUUUCGUCCUUUGGAUUACACAAUCAGCAGCCAAUGACAAUUAUAUUUUCUCAAAAUAUCCAAAUCCGUCGGAUCUACACUUUUGCAAGGACGAUAUGGCCUCUUUAAACUUUUCGAACACAGUGAUUUCUCACAUCGGCCCAUAUUUCAUCAGCAGCCCUCUAAUAACCUGUCUCAACCUCACAAAUAAUCGCAUUCAGUAUGUCGCAAAGAAUGCCUUCAAAAAUCUUCCAAAUUUGACAUAUUUGUCACUUUCUAAAAACAACUUUGAAAACUCAGCUACACUCUUCAACUUUGGAGGUCAUGAGAAAUUGAAGAUUCUUGUUCUUAACGACGCAACAAACAAUAAAUAUCCAGAGCUUAAAGUUAAAAUUUUCGAAAAUUAUCCUUACUUAGAAAUUUUAUAUGCCCGUAACAACGGCUUUAGAGACAUGGAGUAUUCUUUAAAAAAUCCUAUUCCUUUCCAGUAUACGAUUCGAAAUAUUUAUCACAAAAAGUAUUUUCCUAAAUUGAAAGUGCUUGAUCUUUCCGAAAACAAAAUGCAGUAUACCAGUUUUGUAAAUUUGUUGUCAAACAGCUUACAAUUUCUUGAUUUACACGGAAACAAUCUAAAUUCCUUGAAUUUGGGAGAAAAAGGAGAAAAUCUGGUUAUGUUAGACUUGGAUAACAACGAAUUCGAUAAAGUGGCGUAUACGAAAUCAUACGAUUCAAGUCUGACAUUGGCUAAUCUGAAAAAUCUGAGCUAUCUUUCUAUUUCUAGAAACAGAAUUGAAAUUAUUUAUUCAACCGCUUUUCAAGAUACUGACAAAUUAUCUUAUUUAAAUUUAUCGAUGAAUAAUAUAAACGAAGUGCCUGCAGACACGUUUGCGAAGUUGCACUCCUUGAGCACGCUCGAUCUAAGUUCUAACAUACUUAAGAAUAUUCCGCAAAUGUCAGGUAAAAUAAAUAUUAGCGUUUUGUUUUUGAAUUGCAAUAAGAUACAAAAAAUAAUUCCAAACGCAUUUGCGCAAACACCGAAAUUGACGAAGUUGUCAUUAGAGGAUAAUGAAAUUGAUGAAAUCGAUGCUAAAGCGUUUGCUCAUCUUUCUGUUCUGGAAGAGCUAGAUUUUUCGGGAAAUAAAUUAAAUUCUUUACCAGAAGGAUGGAGUGAAUCUUUGAUAUCUCUAAAAUAUUUAGAUUUAAGUAAUAACAUGUUUACUUCACUGGAAUCUUUGUCUCUGACAAGUGCGUUGCCUUUGAUGGAGUUGUAUCUAACGAAUUCGUUAGAUUAUUUGAAUGUUAAGUAUUUUGAGAAUUUGCCACAAAAUCUUGCUGUGAAUUUCUUACAAAGUUUAAAUUUUACACAAGCAUUAUGCAAAUAUAAAUACGACUAUAAUUAUUAUUGAUUAUUUAUUGAGUU